AUGGAUGAUCAAGAAUGUGAUAUUGGAUCGUCCUUAUUCGGAACUGUGUCUUGUGUUGAUGAACUAAUGACGGGUUUCGUUACUUUAGCAGGCAAUUGGCGGCCAGCCGUUCCAUCCUGGGAGAAGGAAUUCUGCAAAUUGGUAGGGUCAAUUCCCUGGAAAAAGCUCGUGGAAGCAAAGCAGUACAUCCACAUUUAUGGCAAAGUGCUUACGUGGAACGAUUCAGCAGUUAAGGAGGCGUUUCACAACGCUAAGGAGCGGUUUUGGGCAGAGAUCAAUGGGCUUCCAUGUAACAUCUCAUUGCCUGAUCCAAAUAUCCAUAUAGACGAAGUAGAUUGGGAAUCCGAAACGGACCCUGAACUGCUUUUGGACUUGGAGCAAGGACCUGAGGCUUUCCAUGGCAGUAAUAGUGGCCAAACGGUUUUCUUUGGCGAUGUCUUAGCUAAUCCAUCAUUUGAAUGUGGCGGCUGCGAACUCAAGAGCAGCCAAGAUAUAGUCUGUGACAAUUGGGAUACGUGGGAUUGGGGUGAUCAGAAUAGAGAUCUUGAACCUGCCGGACCCGAUGUCGCUUGA